AUGCAGCUUUUAUUGCGCGACACAUCAUUGACCAGUCCACCGCCCAGCGGUCGUCGUCGGUCGAAGCGCCUCGCAAGACCAGGCAUCGUUGUUCAAAUUCGCAGAAAGAAGCCCGAUGGCAAGACGGCUUCCCGUAAAAUGAGCCCGUCAGACUUGGCUUCUAGCGAGAAGAGGCGCAAUCCAAAACGCAAAGCUGCCGCCCCGCCCCAGAGUCAUGUGCUUCCCGACAACCUGCUUGAGGAGGCCAUGAGGCCCCUCACAUCUGAGGAGAUUGAAGAAUGGGAUGGGUGGAUUGAAUUAGAAUCCGAGCCGGCAUUUUUCACCAUGAUCUUGAAGGACCUGGGCAUAUUCUACCAAAACCCGUGGGAAGUGACUGGGCCAGUCUGGUUCGCAAAUCAGACCACUUCCAACGCAUGCGCUACGGUUGCGCUGCUCAACAUUGUGAUGAACCACACCGACAUCAACCUUGGAAGCGAACUGGAGACGUUCAAGGAAGCCACCGCCGAGAUGAGCACCGCGGUGCGUGGCUAUGAGCUGGGCAGAAACAAGUUCAUACGCAAGACGCAUAAUUCUUUUGCUCGUCGCAUGGACUGUCUGAAUGCCGACCUUUUUUUGGAGAGUGAGGCGUCCGAUACCAAAACGCGAAAACGCGCCCAAGCAUCUCGUAAUACGUCUCGCAAAAAGAAGCCCAAAAAGCGCCACAGCAAUGACUAUGGCUACCAUUUCGUUGCGUAUGUUCCGUCAGGAGGGUUUGUCUGGGAACUGGACGGUCUGCGGGGCAAGCCUCGCAAGCUCGGCAGAAUCGAUGGCGACUGUUGGACCAACAUCGCCCGGCCACAGAUCGAGGCUCGUAUGCUUCAGUAUGAGGAGAGUCAGCUAUCUUUCAACUUGCUCUCGCUCUGCCAGAGCACCUUCCAAAAAUACAAGAAGGCUGUACGAGUCGCUCUAGCGACUGUGCAUUUCUUAGAUGCGCGGAUGAAGACGCAACAUGGAGAUACCUACUCUAAACUCGUCACUGAUGGUGACAUCCAGCUUGACACCAACGAUGCUCUGCUGCUGGCUGAGUACGAUUUGAAACCAGAGGAUGUUAUCGGAGAACUUGCCACCGUUUCCCUUAAAUCAAGAGUGGUUGAAGUUAACCUCAGUGCCAGCGAGGGAGCAAGUCUUAGGCGUCAGUUUGUCAUUGAAGCCCGCGCCGCCAUGGGAGAGUAUCGUGGCGAGACCAUGGUGGCCAUGGCUGACGAGGGGCGCGUGACAGCGCGAAAGAAGGACUACGGGACCGUGUUGCAUAAAUGGAUAUCAAAAUUAGCAGAAAAGGGCGUUCUGGAAGACAUUGUCAAGCUAUCGGCAUAG